GAGCGUUUUAGAAUUUAAGACUCAACGUUUCAAGGUGAUACACUUGCAGAUGCACUAUGUUCUGCUAAACGCGCCGAAGGACGACAAGGUAAUCAUAUUGUUUGCCUUUACGUUUCAUGAUAUUAAAUGAAUAAAACUCAAGAAAGUGUCAUUUUUGGACUUCGCUUUUCUAUCCAGUUUAUCAAAUAUCUUGGUAGACAAUUAGAAAGAGAAUUUCUUACCCCACUAAUUUUUUUGCACCUACUAAUAAUUGUUACUGGUUUUUGUAAGUGUAGAAAGACACAAAAGUAACAAUAAUCAACUUGUUUUCAACAGAUGAAUAUUCUGCUUAUCAAAUCGGAUUAAUAUCCUCCAACUUUUUUGAUGCUUUGACUACUAAAAAUCAUGACAGAUUUAUAUGGACUUUAAAAUUAUCAAUAAUGUAUAUAUUUUGUGGCUCUUUGGCUCUAGGUGUACAAAAUAUGGUCGUGGGACAAUUAUCACUAAUAUUACGUGAAAUUUUAACCAAGAAUUUACAAAGUCUAUAUUUUAAACGGAAAAAUUACUAUGUUGUAAAUACUCUUACUGAUUUAGACAACCCUGAUCAACGUCUUACUCAAGAUAUCAAUUUAGCUUGUGAUCUGCUGACCAAUAUAAUUGUAUCAAUUACUGUGAAUCCAAUAUUAGUCGUAUUCUAUACAUAUUUAUGUGUACAAAAAGCUGGUUGGUUAGGUCCAGUCUCAGCUUAUAUCCUAUUCAUUAUAUUUGCAAUAAUUUCGCGAUUCCUUGCCUCUUGGAGUUCGCGUGCUUCAUUUGAACGUCAGAAACAAGAAGGCAAUUUUAGGUUUGUUCAUACAAAACUAAGAUGCUCAGUCGAAAGUGCUGCAUUUCUUGAUUUGAGUGAAUCAUUAAAUGCCAUUUCAACGAAUUUAUUCAAUCGGUUAUUUCAUGCUGUACGAGUUUUUAUUAAUCGUAAUGCUGUAGUAUUUUAUGUAACACAACUUAAUGCAUAUUGUGGUGGUGUAGUAAAUUAUGUCGCUCUUGGAAUCAUUCUGUUCAAUGGUCCAAUUCGAACAAUGUCAGCAUCUGAAAUCACUGUUCUUAUUAGUCAGACUAGUUUCUUUCUUCUGUAUUUAAUUAAUAAAUUAACAAAUUUAAUUAAUUUAUCUACUGAUAUUGCUCAAUUAGUUGGUGUUGGACAUCGCAUUUUAAACUUGGACAAAUAUUUAAGAGAAAUUAAUUUAUAUGAUACUCCAGCUGCUUAUAUCACAUCUUAUCAAACUCAAUGGUUAUUUAUUAGAUCAAAAAUAUUCAGCCCUAUACACGAUAUCAUUGACAGGGACAAUAAUUGUUUACUGGAUGAUAUUGUUUUUCAAAUCAAUCAUGUAUCAAUAUGUAUUCCAUUGAAUCCUAAUAAUGUUUUAAUUCAUGACUUAUGUUUAACUAUUAAAAAGCAUGAAGCCCUACUUAUCACUGGUCCAAGCGGUGUUGGUAAAACUGCUUUAUUUCGUGUUUUAGCUGGUCUAUGGCCAGGUCUCAUCUUAAUGAAUAAUAAUUCAGGGAAUAAUAAUGCAAUCAAUUCAUUAUAUCAUUUCUAUCAGUCGGAUAAUUUCCGAGUUGUUUUUAUUCCACAAGUAUUAUACAUACCAUGGAUGACAAUUCAAUUAAAUAAUGAAUUUUACAAGUUAUUAACAAGUUUACAUUGUUUCAUGAUGGCAUCAAAUUCAUUAAUAUUAUCGAAUAUCCGUAGAGAACUACAUUUAUGUUAUUUAUUAUUGAAUAUAGCAUAUUCUUUCGAUAGUCAAUCUACUGGUGGGCUUGAUGCUAGAGCUACAACAUUUGAUAUUGACAAUCCUGAAGCAAACUUAACUAGUCAUAAUUCUACAAGAAAACAAAAUUCCAAAUGUUCAAUUUGUGAUUAUAAUCUGGAUUCUUUCGAAAAAGCCUUAAGUUUACUCGUUGAAUUUCGUCUUAUCAAAUUAGAACAAUGUAAUGCAUUAAAACAAAUUCUUAAAUUAUAUUAUAACAAUGGAAAUAAUAAUGGUAAUCAUACUAUUAUUGAUGAUGGUAUUUAUUCUAAAAAUCAAUAUCGAAUUCCAUUAUUAACUGAUAUUUGUUAUAAUGGUUGUUCUGUUAGAUCAGAGAAAUCCGAGUAUGAAUUUGAUUCACAGUUAUUCAAUUAUUCACCCGGUGAAUUACAACGAUUAACAAUUGCGGCUGUAUGUUUUUAUCAACCAGAUAUGAUAUUUAUGGAUGAAUCUACAAGUCAAUUAAAUGUAACUGAUGAAGCACAAGCCUAUUUAAGUCUUUUUAAAAGAAAUAUUACACCAAUUACAAUUGCACAUCAUAAUUCUGUUCGACAAUAUCAUUUGAUGGAAUUACAAUUAAUGUCUAUCGAUGAACAGACUACUAUUACUACUACUGAAACAAGUCAAUUGAAAAAAUGGAAGUUGAUUAAAAUUGAGUAAACUAUAUAUAUAUAUAUAUAUAUAUAUAUAUAUAUAUAUAUAUAUAUAUAUAUAUAUAUAU